AUGCCCCGACUUAAACUUGCUGCCCUGAGCAGAUAUUUGCUUAAGGGCCAAUUUCAUACACGAGGCUGUUUAAUAUCCCGAGUACGAACAUGUCCUACCGUCGCUCGAACUCCUGUCCAACAAUUGACUUCAACAUGGCCGUACCAAACUCGAGCCGCACAUACCGACACUACCUCUUCUCUACCCAAUAAUGCGCCAUCUCCAAUUCAUGUUCCUCUAAGAAAACAACUGAAAGAUGAGGCAAAGAAACAGAAGGCCCUUGGAAAGAAGAAGAAGAAGAAUGUGAAUAACCAAGUAGUAGAUGGCUGGGAGCUCACCGUGGGAAUCGAGAUACAUGCCCAAUUAAAUACUGCGAAGAAACUAUUCUCGCCAGCUGUCACUUCCUUCAACGAUGACCCAAACUCCCAUGUCGCUUAUUUCGAUCUAGCUAUACCGGGUAGUCAACCCCUCUUCCAACAAGAAACUCUCAUCCCGGCCUUGAGAGCUGCUUUGGCGCUCAACUGCGAAGUGCAAAAUGUAAGCAGAUUCGAUAGGAAACAUUACUUCCACUGGGAUCAACCAUCCGGCUAUCAGAUUACGCAAUACUAUGAACCAUUCGCACGAGAUGGUAGAAUUACAUUGCAAGCUAGGGAUGGUAUUGCCGCGGAAGAUGGGGAUGGUAUUUCAGUUGGGAUCAAGCAAAUCCAAAUGGAACAAGAUACGGCCAAGACUCUGGCACAACCUGGUGAGUUACACUGGGUCGAUUUCAAUCGUGUUGGCGUACCCCUGAUCGAAAUCAUCACUCUUCCUGAUAUCCAUCACCCGGCUACUGCUGCCGCUCUGGUCAGAAAAGUUCAAAUUCUACUAAAUGCUGUCGAUGCGUGUGUCUCUGGUAUGGAAGCCGGUGGUCUGCGGGCGGAUAUCAAUGUAUCGGUUCGACGAAGCGAUGAUCCUUCUGCUCCGCUUGGCCAGCGCACUGAGAUAAAAAACUUAAGCAGUUUCAAAGCCGUCGAGGAUGCUAUCAUUGCUGAAAGAGACAGACAAAUUUCCGUGCUCGAGUCCGGCGGGAAAAUAGAAAGUGAAACUCGCGGAUGGUCAAUUGGGUCAACUGAGACUCGCCGAUUACGUGGGAAAGAAGGUGAAGUUGACUACAGAUAUAUGCCGGACCCCGACCUCGCUCCUGUGAUCAUCGGCGAUGACCUAGUUAGCCAUCUUCGCGAGGGUAUGGGCGAACUUCCCGAUGCCGAAGUCGAUGAGUUGAUCCAGCGGUUCGGACUUACUCCGAAAGACGCACUCUCCCUAGUAGCGCUUGACGAUGGCAACCGAAUUGAGUAUUUCUGGAACGUCGUCGAUCUUCUCUCCAAACGGUUUGGAUCAGAUGCAUAUUCGCUCGAGUACUUACGAGGUUAUCAACUUGCUGCCAAUUGGAUACUGCAUGAAUUGGGCCGUCUUACAUCGGAUCGUAUUGAAGACGCUGCUCAAGAUUUAGGAUUCACCGAGGAUGGCCAAUGCCAUCGCGUACCUGUCAGACAUCUUACCGAUAUCCUUUUCUAUUUACAUCAACGAAAAAUCACGGCAAAGGUUGCGAAAGAGCUACUAUGGGCUGUAUUUCGUCGACGAAUUCCCGACGAAUACGCUACGAUGGAUGCAGUCCUCGAUGAAGAAAACCUAUGGUUUGAUGAACUUAACGAAGAUGAAUACGUCGAACUCGCACACGCUGCGGCAGAGGGACAAGAAGACGUUCUAAAUCAGUUUGUAGAUUACAAGCAAUAUCCCCAAGGGAAGUUGAUGUUCUUGGUUGGUCGAAUGAUCCGACUCGGCGCCGAGGAGAGAAUAGACCCCAAAGAAGCCGAGAGGAUCAUGAAGCGAGUGAUAGAAGAGCGAUUAGUCCCAGCCAUCAGAAGUGGAAGCCAAGCUUGA